AUACUCCCAACUCACAACACAAAACACACACACACACACACUUUGGAAACCAUGAACACACUCUUUCAAACCCUUCCUCUUUUACAUGCCAAUAAUCCAAAUUCCUUCGAACCGGUCAACCAUCAUCAUCCCUUUUGUUGUUUACUCGAUCAUCAACUUCCUCAAUUCUAUAAUAAUAAUCCAUCGUUUCCGGUUCAAUGUGUUGCACAAAACCCUUCACCAGCAGUAACUAAUUAUAUAUCGUCGAAAUAUGAACACAACUCUGAUGAUGUUCUUGAAGGCAUUGCUGCAGUCGUAGGUGAACGUGUGCUCUUUGGAAACUCUGUGACCACACCAGCUGGUAAUUAUACUACUGCUGCAGGUAGAGUAGUGGAGAAGAGCUACAGAGGGGUUAGGAAAAGGCCAUGGGGGAGAUGGUCAGCGGAGAUACGCGACAAGAUAGGACGGUGCCGCCACUGGCUAGGUACAUUUGACACGGCUGAGGAGGCGGCUCGUGCUUACGACUCGGCUGCAAGGCGACUAAGGGGAUCAAAAGCCAAGACCAACUUUGAAAUACCAUCAGUUUUCCCGAUUUCGUCGUCUACUACUGCCACGAUAUCAUCUCCAACAACAUCGUCUUCCUCGUCCGCCGAAGCGAAAAAACGGAAGUCCGGGGUGAUCAAUAAUAGUAACAAAUGUCACGUGGUAACUUCUGUGGAUCAGCUGUUUAGUAAUUCUGGUACGAUGAUGAUGAGGACGGAUCCAAAUAAAAGGACGACUGCUAUUAAUAAUCAAGUAACGAAUACUAAUGAUAUUUAUAAGGAUUAUUAUUAUUGUAAGGACGACACAGAACUAAUUGAUCUGAAUGUUGAUGGUCCUUUGAUGAAGAAACGAACAAAUUAA